AAUCGUAAAACGUAUAGCGCAAAAGCGCAAGUUUUCAUGCGCAGUGAAAACCCGUCGAAUUUUCCUGGUCGAUCGUGGUUUCCUUUAGUUUUUCAGCUGAUCGCGCUUUCCACGGCCGUGUCGCAGACUGUCCCGGUGUGUCAUGUGCGAAACUGUCGCAGCGUAGUGAAAUAGUCGAGUGUUUGUGAAUUGUGUAGUUUUCGGGUUAGCUAGUGGCAGUGAAAAUGUUUUCAGGACUUACUAAUCAGGUUAGUUCGUGGAUGGGGGCCGCGAAAGGGGAGCCCCAGGACGAGGAAGUCCCGACCCCCACGAAGGAAGCGACGGGGGAGCCGACGGCGGAAGGCGAAAGACAGAGCCCAACAAAAGGAGCCAGCAAACUCGAGCUCCUCACAAACGUACAAUCCAAAAUGACUGGCUGGCUCGGAUCCGGAAUCCCGAUCCCUGGGCUCCGGAAAAACGAGGCCCCCACCGACGCCGCCGAGCCGGCUCCGGAGCCCGCAGAGCCCGCGGAGCCCAAGCCAGAGAAGGACGAUGAUGAUAACUCUAGGUAUAAUAGCGCUACCGGAGGCGCAGACAGCAGACCCGGGUCCACAGGCGGCACUCCUACCGAGGAGCAGCCUCAGGGCGUUGGUAAUGAAACCUCCGGCAAAAAGUUGUUGUUAAUUGACGCCAUCGAAGUACCUGAUAUGCAGGAGCUGACGACGAAGGCCGUGGCCGGGGCCAAGUCCCUCGGGAACUUCCUGUAUUCGGCCGUCAACAAGGCGGGAGCCAAGGUCAGCGAGGCCAGCGCCAAGAUCAAGAAGACCGUCGAGGAAAACAGCAUCUUGGGCGAGUUCAACAAGGAGCAAGACGCGUUCAUCAAGGGGCAGGCGGGCGCCGGCGCCGCGGCCGUCGCGCCGUGGGUCGGAGCACCCAACGAGGCCGCGCUCAAGGAGGAGUGCCUCUCGUUGUCCACUGACCGAAGGAACUUCGUGCGCGCGCCACCCGCCGGCGUGGAGUUCGAGUUCGACUACGACAAGAUGUACCCUGUGGCCACCGCCAUCAUGGCCGAGGACCCCAACCUCGAAAAGAUGCGCUUCGACCUCGUGCCUAAAGUCAUCACGGAGGAGAACUUCUGGCGGAACUACUUCUACCGCCUGUCCCUGAUCUGCCAGGCCAACGAGGCGGACGCGGUGGCCGCCGGCUCUCGUCAGGCCAGCGCCGAUGACUCCCAGGACGACAAAUCCUCCAGCAACGAGCUGAUAGUGAAAGAGAAAUCCUCUCAGGAGUCGAUCGAAGACGCCAAGCAGCGAAUAAAGUCGCUCAAAGUCGAUAGAGAAAACGACGACGAGCAAUGGGAGAAAGAGUUAGAAGCCGAGCUGAACGAGUACGAGGUGGUGGCCGGGGCAGGCAAGCUGGACGACAAGCAGUGGGACGAGAAGGAGUGUGCAGACCUGCUGGGCGACGCUGAGGACCUCAAAUAGAAAAUAAGAGGUGUUUUAGGAGUUAUUAUUGUGCAGGGGUCUCCAAAUUUUAGAGGGCCACGAAGCCUUCGGUCCUUCAUUAUGCUGGAGGGCCUGGAGGUCUUCAAAUUUUACUUGAGGGCCGGAUUGUAAGGCCCUUUGGCUCUCUGUUUUUUUAACGUGGGUGUGGGUGUAAGUAGUUUGGAGACCUCUGUUAUUAGUGUCCGACCAAGGUUCGGUUUUGGCAGGUUUCGGCAUAGAAAACAUGUUUCGGCCUAAUCUUUCGGCAAAAAAAAUUGUCUUUGGUCAGACACUAUCUCUUAUACAGUAUCGUGAAUCGUGAGAGUCCGAAAUACCUAAACUGUAUAGACAAAGUGUUAGGGACCGUUUACAUCGGUAUUUAAUCCCUCGUUUCCAAAUGGAUCAGCAAAGGGAAUAAAAAUUCAAUUCUAAAUUUUAAACUCUUCAACGUUUUUUGCCUGGCAAUUUUCGGUCCUUAGCAGUUCUGCCCUGUUUCGGCAAAACAGCGUAUCUAUUAUCUGUCAAGCCGUUUCCAUCAGUAGAAAAAUGCGGCAUAUUAAAAAAAAUGUAGGCACCAAGGCCUAUCGUCCCAUAGAAAAUUAGAAAUUCGGCGCUUUUUCUACUGACAAAGUUAGGGCUGGCUAUAGAUAGUUUUUUUUGCCGUAACAGGGCAGCAGAGUGCCAGCCAGUUGAGUUAUCUUUGGCUCUAUCGUGUCUUCCGUAUUAGGCAAGACUGGGAGCUGGACAAUUUGUAAAUUAAAAAGAAAAGCAUAAUAAAAUAAACAUCAAAGGUCCUGUGCCUUUGUGAGCGGUCUUUGUUCUUUAAAUUCGGUAGAUUCCAUGGAUUAAUAAACCUACGCACUUAUUCAAGUGUUUGGAAAAUCGUGAUUUUCAUAUUAACGGUGUAGAAAGUAUUUUCGAGCGGCAAAAUACUUGAUUGUUACAGUAUUUUGAUGAUCUGGAUCUCGAUAAAAUUAAUAAAUACAAUAUGACUUUUAAUAUGAAAAUCAUAUACUUAAAAUAAGUAAAAUUAUACAAGCUUCAGAUGAGCUCAAUUUUAUUCUUAUGAUGAGAGUUACAUGUAAUACUAAGGUGCAUUGUUGCAUUUAACUAAGCUAGGCGUUGAUGACAAUUAUAGAUUAUUAUAUAAAUACCAAGCUUGUGAAUGCCUAAAUCUCAGUCUGCUCCUAUUUUUUUUUCCUGUAAUAUUUUCUGGGGAGACACAUAAAAAAAUACAAUAAAUAUAAACAAACUAAAGGCAUUAUUAGGAUUUCUGAAAAUGAGACACGCAAUUGUGACGGCAAAUAUUAAAUAAAUAUUAUUUUAACAAAUCUUGAUCUAAUCUUGUAAACUUGGAUUUAUUAUUGAUCGUAGAAAGUCUUCCUCCGUCUACGGGAUUAAAACCCGAUUCGUUAAAAUAAAAAAAGUAGGUAAGUAUGUUAUAAUAAACUUUCCCCCCAUUUUAUUGUUCCCCUAACGCUGCGUCUUACGUAAGCGAACAACUCGCGAACGCGACGCGGCGCGGCGCGGCGGGCCCAAGGCAUUCGCGUUCGCGACGAGAUCGCCCACGUAGGACACUUCUAUAGAUAUCAAAGGUGAUUCACCCCGCGCCGCAUCGCUUCGCUUCGCGUUCGCGUGUUGUUCGCCUACGUAGUACGCUGCGUAAAUGAAAAUUGGCAACUUAUGUUAAUAUUACGUUAUACUUAUAAUACAUACUAAUAAAUGUUUUGCUUAGUAAUGACACUUGUAUUUGAAAUAAUCGCUAGUUCAGUAGUGUCGGAUACAUGUGUUGGUAUGUGUAAGGUUUUAUAUUCAUAGUGAAAUUAAAUACACCAAAAUGUAAGUUUACUUUUUAACAGCCCAGGUGUGAUUAUAACAUUAAUUUUACUUUGUGUCUGUAACCACGUUGAAUUUUGUGGAAUAUUCAUUUGAAAUUUGGUAACUUCUAAGAAAUAACUUUAAUGAAUAUUUUCAGGAAAAAUGUGUAAAAAAAAAAUCCGGUACGUUCUUCUUAGAAUUACGAACACAACUGAUUAAAAUAAUUUGUUAAAAAGUUUGAUUUACUGCGAUUAUUUGCGAUACCUUCACAAACAUUUUGUAUGGGCCGUCACAAAUUUGAGUCUUACAUUCGGACCCGGAAAAUAUUCGGAGAAAAACCCAACAUGUACAUUUAAAAAAAGUUACAUUUUAUUUUUGAAAUCCCCAUUUUAAUGCUUCGUACUGCCGCGUUUUUACCAAUUUUCUUCAUUAACUAUGAUGAUUGUUCUAAAUAUGUAUAGCAUUUGCAGAAUAAACUUAAUAUUAGCUUUGAUAUAUCGUUUGCAUAUAUGUUUAAUGUUUAUAUUUAGGUUAUAUAACUUAAUACAUGUUUACCUACUGAGUGGGUUGACUAAAAAAGUGGUUAGGUACCUAUAUACCUACUCAAUUAUCGACUUUAUUGUAAAUAUGUUUUAUACAAAGAUAAUGUUCAUUUUAGUAAACCUAGAGGAAAUAUUAUUUAUCUACCGAAGUGUACCUAAAGAGCCUUUUUAUUUUGUAUGCUUGCCUGUUUGUUUGUUUUAUUGAAUUUGCGAUUUUAUUUCAAAGUCUAUUUUAUAAAUUAGUAGUGUGCGAGUUUUAAAAUAUUGUUUACUUUUCGCUAAAAAUAAGUAAGUAAAUAUAAUUAUGCAUAGGCUGUUGCUAAGAUACUAUAAAUUUAUUCUCUUUUCGAUGUAAUAAACAUUCCUAUGUGAUUCAAUAAAAUUUCACCAAAA